CCGCAACUAUUUUAGAGCAAAAAAUUGAAACACACCAUAUUAGAGCUUCUUGUUUGUUAUAGAACUCUCUUAAAGGUCAAAGAACGACUCAUCAAAGCUUGAUAUCCAAAUUAUUGGAAUCGGAGGCUGUUUAUUGUGGCCACUCUUUUCUUCAAAGUAAGAAGUUGUUCACGAGAAGAAGAAAGAAGAUGUAGCUGCACAAGAUCAAGAAUGAAGCAUGACUCUUCCUACACCUCCUUUACCAGAUUGGCUUGUCCAAUGGGCAACAAAGCUCUUAAAGCAAGAGCUGAACUACUUCCUGUACUAUGAAAAAAACAUUAAAGAUCUAGAAAAUCAAGUUAACAAGCUCAAGCUAGAGCGACAGAAGCUGGGUGAUAGGGUUGCAGAGGAUGAAGACCGCCAUGGGAGAGAAAUAUACGAUGACGUGUCAAAAUGGCUGGACGGGGCUGAUACAAUCAUUGAUGCCUAUGAAAAGUUCGAAAAAGAAGAAGAAGAAGCCCAUGCGAGAUGUUUAGCUGGCUUUCCUCCUAAUUUGUCAGCAAGAUAUUUUCUUAGCAAAAAAUCAAUAGAAAUUAAAGGAAAAGCUGAGAGUCAGUUACAGAAUGCAAAGUUUGAUAUCAUAUCACGUAGUCGAGGGCCACCUUCCGUGGCUCUUGUUUUGUCUAAUGUUGAUUAUCAAAGCCUUCCUUCGAGAGUUACGGCCAUAGAAGACAUCAUGAAUGCAUUGAAAGACACAAGUGCUAGAAUGAUCGGUGUUCACGGGCCAUCUGGUGUGGGGAAGACCACUCUAGUCAUGGAAGCAGUUAACAGAGUUCAAAACGAUCAAGAAAAGCCGAAGCUAUUCGAUGUGGUGAUCAUGGCGAAUGUGACGAAAAGUCCAAACAUCAGAAAGAUUCAAGGGCAAAUUGCCGACAUGCUAUGGAUGAAACUUGACGAGGAAAGUGAAGAAGGAAGAGCAAGUCGAAUAAGAGAGAGAUUGAAGAAAGAGAAGGAGAGCACUCUUAUAAUCCUCGAUGAUCUUUACGGUAAAGUUGAUUUGAACAUAUUGGGAAUUCCAUGGCAGAGUGGUGAUGGAAAUCAGAAGAAUCCAAAAGGAAAGAAGUCCCUUGGCUCAAGCACAGCCAAUGAGGAGACAAAGCAACAAGCCCUAGCAGAUGGUGUGAUGAUGAAUGCUCAGAAAUCCUCCGAUGCUUCCUCUUCUUCAGCUUCAACUUCCAUAAUAGCGUUGACAACAGAAGAGCGCUAUAAAGGGUGCAAGGUUUUGCUUAUCUCAGAGGUGAGGCAAGUGCUUAACCAAAUGGAUGUAAGGCCAAAACUAAUUGUCCCUCUGGAACUCUUGAACGAGAAGGACGCAAGGAUAUUGUUCAAUAAAAUAGCAGGAAUAGGUGACAAAAACACUGAAUUCGGAGAAUUGCCAGCUCAGAUUGUCGAAAAAUGUGAUGGAUUACCGAUGUCGUUAGUUACAACUGCAAAGGCCUUGAAAGGCCGAAGUCGGUUGGUUUGGCAGGAUACUUAUCAGAAGUUUGAAACACAGACAAUGACAGGAACACCUGAGCAUUCUACUCGGGUGAUUUACAACCUAUUAGAAAACGAGGAGCUUAGGAUAACCUUCUUGCUUUGUGCUUGUAUGGAUAAUGAUGCAUUAGUUUCAGAUCUGGUGAGAGCAUGCAUUGGAUUGGGUUUUCUUCGUGGGAUCUACACAGUAAGGGACACCAGAACCAGAGUGCAAGUGAUGCUUAUGAAGCUCAGAGAGUCAGGGUUGUUGUCCGACAGCUAUUCGAGUGACCGUUACACGAUGCAAAAUCUUGUUCGCAAUGCAGCUUUGUCGAUAGCAUUCAAGGAGAGGCACAUGUUCAUGUUGAACAAAGUAAGAGUAGAUGAAUGGCCAGAUGAUGAUGAGGUUAGAAGGUAUGUUGCUAUUUCCUUGCGGCAUUGUGAUAUCAUUGAUGCGAUUACUAAGAGAAUGACAUGUGCUAGACUUAAAAUCUUGGAAGUUAUCAAUAAUGAUCCACAAUUGAAACUUCCAACGAAAUUCUUCGAACAAAUGAAAGAGCUCAAAGUGUUGAUCUUAACUGGCAUUAAUUUGUCACCGUCCGAUUCAUCGGUUGGUUGUUUAACCAAACUCAGAAUGCUCUGCUUGGAGCAUUGCACGCUAAGUUCAUCCAAAGAAGAAUUAAGUUUGUGUGAGGAAUUAAGCAUCAUAAAAAACCUGGAGAAUCUAAGAAUUCUUAGCUUUUCAGGGUCUAAUAUUGAUUGCUUGCCUGUUGAAUUAGGGGAUUUGUCUAAGUUGCAAACCCUAGACAUAAGUAAUUGCCCUAAACUUAGAGUCAUUCCACCCGAUGUAAUCUCACGUCUUACUUCUUUGGAGGAGUUGUACAUGAGAAAGACUCAAAUUCAAUGGCCAAAAGUUAUUAAUGGAGCCGAAAAUGAUGAGAGGAAAAAUGCUAGCCUAUUAGAAUUGGGGGAGUUGAAUCAAUUGACAAAUCUUGACAUACAAAUACAAAGUGUGGAUCAAUUGCCAGAGAACUUGUUCUUUGACAAGUUGUCUAGUUACAAAAUUGUCAUUGGCUCUUCGAAUAGAUAUUAUUUGGAGGGAGAUUUCAAAAUGCCAGAAAAGCAUGAAUUGUCGAGGUUUUUGGCAAUACAUCAAAAAGGUGGCAUUCACAUUCAUUCUCAUAAGGGAAUCAAAAUGCUAUUCGAAAGAGUUGAGUAUCUUUUGCUGGGAAAACUCAACGGUGUUCAAGAUCUGUUUUAUGAGUUGAAUUUGAAAGGUUUUCCCCAUCUCAAAUAUCUGGCCAUUCAAAAUAAUCAUGAUAUCCAAUUUCUUAUUCACCCAAAGGACAGGCAGGAGCAUCAUGAGAAGGCUUUUGAGAAACUAGAGACUCUUGAACUCAAUAAAGUGACGCAAAUCGAGGGACUAUGCUUCUCUUCAUGUCCACUUUCCGAGUCCUCCUUUGUAAACUUGAAAGUCAUCAAAAUCAAUUUUUGUGAAAAUUUGAAGUAUCUCUUCUCGCCUUCUUUGUUUAAGCAUCUAGAAGCUCUUGAGACAAUACAAGUUUCUGAUUGUGACUCUUUAAAGGAGAUUGUUCCUGUAGAGAGGCCUGAUGAAAGUGAGAUGCUUAAGCUCCUUAAAUUACACACUCUGACACUACAAUCUUUAAAAGACUUUAUUGGAUUCUAUCCCAUAUCAACAACAGACAGCACCAAAAUAUUAUUUCAUGAAAAGGUUGAAGUUAAAGAGUUAGAGAGACUGGAGUUGAGGUGGAUCCAAAUAGACCAAAUAUGGAAUGACCAAAGUUGUAAAUUUGAAAAUUUGAUCCAUUUGGAUGUGAGUGGUUGUCACUAUUUGAAAUAUUUGUUGCCAUUCUCGGUGGCCAAGAAUCUCAAGAAGCUUCAAAGCCUUUAUGUUAGUGAAUGCUACCAGAUGGAGAACAUCUUCCCUGAUGGACCCAUAAAAGUUGCUAAGGAUGCUACUUUUCCAAAUUUGAAGAAUAUAAAACUGAGCAGGAUGGGCAGUUUGAGAAAGAUAUGGAAUCUUAAUGUGGCGGUUGAGAAACUGGACACACUGGUCAUUGAAAAGUGCAAUCAAUUGGUGAGUGUUUUCACUCAUGACAUGGAGGGAAUAUUUCAAGGACUAAGCAGCUUGACAGUUACUGAUUGCAAGUCAAUGAAAACUAUAUUUGACCUAACCGCCGAUCAGAACUGGUUUGCUCGUCACUACGAAACUUUAUUGCGGGAUGUUCAUUUGGAAUCACUACGAGAACUGGAAGAGAUAGUGAGAUGCGAGCAAGACCAAGAAGGGACACUUCAACUGAAAUCUCUGCAGAACAUAACAGUUCAUGGUUGUGGCAAGUUGCAAAAUAUAUUUCCAUUUUCCAUUGCUAAACACCAGCUUGAAAAUCUGAAAUGUUUAGUUGUAUCGAAUUGCUCCGAAUUAAAGGAAAUUGUAGCAGUGCAAAAUGGUACCAGCGACAACGGCGGCAGCAGCACAAGCAAUCCUGUUCCCUUGGUGUUUCCUGAGCUAACCUCCAUUAAAUUUUCUAAGCUACCAAACUUCAAGAAUUUCUGUCCAGGAAGUGAAUUACAGUGUGAAAAAUUAGAUGAGGUGUCUAUUGAACUUUGUGGCAAGCUCGAACUAUUUAGAGAAAGCCAACUCUUUCAUGAAACAUUUCCGUCCUCUCAAGCCGGAACAUCUGACCAAGGAACGCCACUCUUUCAUGAAAAGGUAAUGAAUAAGUUGAGGUCGAUGCAUAUUGAGUUACAGCAUACAAGUUCGUCAAGUCACUAUCGACGAGACAAGUUAGAAGUUCUUCGCUUGUCCUGGUUAGAGGACACCAAUAUUCUAUACCGUUUCCUUCACAGCAAUCCUUAUUUGAAGAGCCUAUGGCUGGACAACUGUCGCUUUCCCAGGUUGGUGGAGCCAAAGUCUGAUGGAAAUGAAAACAUAGGAGUUGUUCCAAAGCUAAAAACCUUGAGGUUAACCAACUUGUCUUGUCUUAAGGAGAUUGGCUUUGAACAUGACGCAAUUCUUCAAAGAAUAGAGUCAUUGCUUUUAGAGAAUUGUCCUAAAUUGGAUACUAUAGUGCCUUCAAAGGAGGGAAUACGUUUCAAUUUCUUGACCAAUUUGGAAGUAGUAGAUUGUAGAUGCAUGAAAUAUGUAAUGCCACUUUCAACAGCUAAAAGCUUGGGUCAACUCGUCACAAUGAAGGUAACCAAUUGUGAAUCUCUGAAGGAAAUUAUUGUAUCAGAUGAUCAAAUAGUAGAUAAAGAUAAAGAAGUCAAUGAACAGAGCAGGACUAAUAAUAAGAUAGUUUUUAAACAAAUGAAAGCUCUUGAACUUGUAUCUUUGAAGAAUCUUGAAAGUUUCUGCAGUUCCGAGAUUUGUUCUCUUGAGUUUCCAUUAUUGGAGAAAUUCGUGGUGAGUGCUUGCCCCACAAUGGAAAAGUUCUCUGAAAAAGAAAUCAAAACCAUGCCAACAAUUAUGCAGAAAGUGUACGUUGUACGUGAUGAAGAGAAGAGAUUGUGCUGGGAUGGUGAUUUACGAGCCACAGUAAAACAUAUAUACGACAAGCAGAAAUAUUAUGAAGGUAUGGACAAAAUAAGUGUUUCCGAGCAUUCGGUACUUGAAGAAGGCUGGAAGACUGAAAAAGCUCUUGACAAAGGUUGGUUUUACAGUUUGAAGACUUUGACGUUGGAAAGGUGUAAAUUUGAAUCAUUUGCAAUUCCAUCGUUUGUUCUUCGAUGUUUGAAGAGCCUAAAAGAAUUGGAAGUGCGAAAUUGUAAAAACAUCACAUGCAUAUUUGAAAUGAAUGACAUCAAGGGAACAUUCCAGUUGGAGAAGCUCACUUUGGAAGAGCUACCAAAUGUGACUCACGUGUGGCCCCAACAGGAUAAACAAAAUGACAGCCGCUUUCGAAAUCUGCAGCAGGUGUUUGUCAAGUCUUGUAGAAAACUGAAAGCCUUGUUUCCUGUAGCCAUAGCUACAAAUCUUAAGAUGCUUGAGCAACUUGAAGUACAUUUUUGUGAUGAGUUGCUAGAAAUUGUUGAGAAAGAUAGGGUUGGAGGUGGUGAAACAAAAAAAUUUGUGUUUCUUUAUCUAACACGGUUGAGAUUGUAUAACUUGCCACAACUCGAACACUUCUAUGAUGGAAUGUUCACUUUGGAGUGUCCAGAGUUAAACUAUUUGUAUCCGUUCAACUGCAUCAAAUUUGAACUAUUUCAGACACCACAAGAAAAUAGCCCUCCAAUUACUAGACCAGGCCUUUUCUCAAAUAUAAAGGGCAUUUCCAAGGUGAAAACUUUGAGCAUGAAAUCGAAGGAUACUUCGGUGCUAAAGUCAUGGUUACAGCAGUCCGAGGAUCUUGAACUUAAAUAUUUAAGGGGACUAAUGUUAACCUUUGAUGAUGAUGUGAAUAAUGAGUACUCUACUUUGCAGUGUGAAAUACUUGGGAGGCGGACACCCAAGUUAGAGAGAAUGGGCAUUAUGAAUUCCACAAGCCUCAGGAAGAUAUUGUUCCCCUCUCAAAAUCACAAGUUCCUUGAACACUUAGAUUACAUGGGCCUAGAAAGCCUACUUGAGCUAAGCUCCAUUGGCGGGUUAGAGUACUUGUCAAAGCUCCAGAAAUUCGGUGUUUUUCAAUGUCCACUUUUGAGGACAAUAGAACAAUAUCCCCCCAGUAUGAAAAAAUUGAAUGUGGCAGGAUGUCAUGGAUUACAGUGUUUAUUCACAUCCUCAGCGGCUAAAAGCUUAAAGCACCUUGAGGAGUUGUACGUUUAUGAUUGUAAAUCAUUGAAAGACAUAGUGCGAAAAGAGCAAGGUGAUGAAACAGCCACAGAAGAGAUCAUUUUUCAGCAGCUAAAAAGCAUAAGUCUUCAAUAUUUGGAAUGCCUGGAAUGCUUUUAUCAAGGCAAUGCUGCCUUAAAGUUACCCUCUCUGGCUCAGGCGAAGAUAUGGAAGUGCCCCAAGAUGAUCAUUUUCUCUCAACAAUUGAGACAAGAAGAUCCUUCAGAAAAAGUCAGCGUUUCUUUCCACAGCGGAGCUGACAAAUCGGAGGUCCAACUAACUCAUUAUCAUCAACUCAACCUCGCAGUAGGAGCCCAGUUCUUAAAUCAGACAUUUUUAUUUCUGAAUGAUUAUCCUGAAAUGCAAGGAAAAUGGGUUGGCGCAUCAGGAAUCCCAGUUGAGUGGUCUUUUAACUAUUUAAAAUAUUUGGAGGUGGAAGGUUGUGACUUUUUGACAAAUGCAGUGCUCCCAUCUCAUUUGCUUCCCCUUCUAAGAAAUUUGGAAAAUCUGACAGUAAAGAAAUGUAAAUUUGUUGCGGCAAUAUUUGAUGUGAAAGACACACCACCAGAACACGAUGAUCCAAACAAGAUUGUUAAGAUUCCGGUGAAGAAGAUCAUUUUGGAGGAGCUUCCAACUCUGACUCAUGUUUGGAACAAUGAUCCCAAACCAAGUCUCAGCUUUCCAUCUCUGGAGAAAGUCUUUGUUGAGGAAUGUAAAAGCAUAAAAAGUUUAUUUCCAGCAUCAGUUCCCAGAGACAACCUACAGCAUUUAGAUGUGAGAAACUGUGGGGAGUUAGAGGAGAUUGUUACAAUUCCCCAAGAUGCAAAUAAUAAAGAGAUUAGUAUGUUAUUCCCCAAAUUGACCUGGCUGGUGCUAUGGGCUUUGCCAGAGCUGAGAUGCAUUUGUUCUGGAAUGCACAGUUUGUUAGAUCAGUCCGUUGUCUUAACAAGAUUAUACGUUUUUGGUUGUCCAAGGCUCACAGUUUUUCCAGCAGAUAUUCAGAAUUCAGAUCCACGGGGUGAAGAUUGUUUUGCAAAUGAUGAUGACAAACACAGCUUUGUUUCUUCUGCACAAAAGGUUAUUACAUCCAAUUUUGUGGAACUAGUGCUGAGUAAGGAAGAUGUUAGAAUGAUUGAGAAAGGACUACUUCAUGUGGACCUCCAAAACUUAAAUUACUUGGGACUGGAUAGUUUCAAUGAUAAUGAGUCAGAUGAAUUUCCAGAUGUUUUCUUUUCAAAGGUGUCACUACCGAAAUUAACGGAGAUUCAGCUGGUAGAUUGCGCCUUUAAAGAUAUAUUCCGUCCAAGAGGGCCUGACAUUGAUUAUUCCAAAAUCCUCUCGCAGCUUAAAUGUUUGGAGAUUAACAAACUACACAACCUCUAUUCGAUGGGGUUUGAGAACCCCUGGAUGGCCCCCCUUCUUGAAAUGCUAGAAACGUUGAACGUUUCGGAAUGCAACUUGUUGACAAACUUGGCAGCAUCAUCUGCUGUGUCUUUCUUCUAUCUCACUGAGCUGAAGGUAGAGAAUUGCGCAGGAUUGAAAUAUUUGUUCACAUCUUCAACUGCCAAAAGUUUGGGUGCACUGCGAGAAUUGUCCAUUACCAAGUGUGAAUUAUUGGAGGCAGUAGUGGCUCAUGAAGAGAGAGAUAAACCAGAAGAUAUGAUACUAUUAACUAACCUUGGUAUUUUGUCUCUCAAUGAGUUACCACAACUUGAAAGCUUUUACACAGGGAAUUCAACUUUGUAUUUCCCGAGGCUAUAUAGUAGUUUAUUGUGCACGAUCACUAAGUGCAAUAAGAUGAAGACUUUCUCUCAUGGCGACGUGCUACCCAAGUUUAUGCAAGGGAAAAUAGAUGAAGACCCUUGGCAUGGUGAUCUAAAUGCCGCAGUCCAGAAACAGUUUCAGAAAGCAAGCAUUAUCACAACUACUGCCCCCUGGACUUAUAUGGACUUGUUGCCUACUGAGAGAAGCUUAUUGUUGCUUUCAUUCAUCACGCUGGCCCAAAGUGCUAAUAGUACAAUCAAGAAGAAACAGCGUAGAACACUUGAAUUGCCAGUGAGUACGGCUCAGUGUCCCCCGGAAUACAACGAGAAUGUAACUGGAUAGCACCAUGGUGGCAACUGGCAACUACUAAUGGAAGGAUUUUCUUUUUCGGCUGGAGUGUAGUGUGCAUGAAUAAAUUACCUGUGUUUCUGCAGGAAGUGUGAAAGGAAUAAUCUUGUAUUACAGUAGCUAGAUGUGUGUGAUCUUUUUAAUUGCAGAAAGGAUUGUCAUAAAUAAAUUGUACCUGUAAUUUUACAGGAGGUGUUUAUGUUUUUUUAGAAUAAAGAUGAUAUGUAUGUUCACAUACAUGAAGUUUGUAUUGUUUUAAAA